ACUCGCCACCGAGCUCCAGGUGGCUAGACAGGCAGGAAAUGGAGGGGAAGAGGAGGACGAGGGGUGUGUCAGACGACAACUGAAAACCACUUCCUGCGAGGUGAUGCUGUUGGGGUUUUUUCUGUCUUCAAGGCAAGAGCGGAGAGGUUGGCAGGGUACAGAAAAAAUGGAGCUGUUUUGCAUUGUUUAAAUUUUGGAAAUACAAAGGAAGCCUGCAUGAGACUUUGCUUUAGCUGAUGAGACUGCAGGGCUAUGUUAACAGGACUCCCCAUCGCUCCAUAGAUAAGCUGCCGCUUGUAUUGCUAGUGACUGAAGGCAGAAGCCCCAGAGUGGGCUGUUUUCUCUCACAUUUUGCCAAGAAGGGACCAAGCUGAGCUGAACACAGGGACAUGGCCAUUGCAGGAUCUUUGUCCCCACAUCUGGAGUUCCAGGCUGCCCUUGAACAGUGGCUGCAGGUGGAGAUGAAAUGCUCACCAGGCCCCACACUGGGGAAGGCAGAAGAAACCACAGAUGUUGCACAGACAUUUGGAUGCUUUCUGAGAUGGACAGCAGAGCAGAUGAAGCGGGAGCCGGGCAAGGGGGAGUUGGCACAGUAUUGGGGCAGCCAGUGGCAGGCGUUCCUCAAAGGCACGCAAAGUCAAGACAAUGAACGGCUGACUGAGACAGCGUGGGAGAACAGCAAGGUCUUUCUCCCCUGUCCUGAGAGAAAAGUUUUGGUUAAUUCACAGCGGACAGGAGAACAGGCAGCCAGACCUCUACCUGGCCUUAUUGGAACUGCCCAACAAAUUUUGGAAGAAAGUCACAGCAGUCCAGACUGCAGCAGCUCUGGGAGAGUGAAGGAAGAGCCAGCCAGUGAGGGCACCAUUGUCUGGGAAACACAGCACCAGCUCUUCCGGAAGUUCCGCUAUGAGGAGUCCAAAGGGCCCCGUGAAGCCUGUGGCCGCCUCUGGUUUCUUUGCCAUCAGUGGCUGAAGCCCGAGAGGCAUUCGAAAGAGCAGAUCUUGGAGCUGCUGAUCCUGGAGCAAUUCCUGGCCAUCCUGCCCCCGCAGAUGCAAAACUGGGUCAAGGAACAUGGUCCAGAGACCUGCUCUCAAGCGGUAACCCUGGCCGAGGAUUUCCUGCAGGUGCAAAGUGAGACUGGGAGACGGGAAAAGGAGGUACUGGGGCUUGUAAAGGAAGAAGCCUUGAAUUUCCCUGUGGAGUUUGAUCGGGGGCCUCUUGGCAAGGAGGUCAAAGAGGAGACUAAAGAGGAUUCCCCAUCUUUCGGUGGUGCGUUGGGGGGUAAGAGUGGGUGGAAACCACAGGAGGGAAGCAAGAAGGAAGAAGAGGGCUUUGGGAGUCCUGGUGGCCCAGAGGAACUGGAGGAAAACAAACCCAGGCAACGGAAGCUCCAGCCCCUUCCAAGCCUCCUCUACGAGAUCUCCGCCAACCAGGACAUGCUGACUGAACAAAAACAGAAGACAUGUGCUGUGUGCGGGAAAGGCUUCACCUGCAAGUGGACCCUCCUUCGGCACCAGAGAAUCCAUACAGGAGAGGAGCCAUAUGAUUGCCCUCACUGCGGGAAAAGGUUCCGCUGGAGCAACAGCCUCAUCAUCCAUCAGAGAACUCACACAGGUGAGAAACCACACAAGUGCCUGAAGUGCGGCAAGAGCUUCAGCCACAGCCAAAGUUUUGCCCGGCAUCAGAGGCUCCACCAAGGGAAGAAGCCAUAGAAGUGUGGGAAGUAUAGAAAGAGGUUUCAGUCGAGCUCGAAUCUGCUCCCACACCAGCAAAUUCACGCUGGUGAACAGCCAUUCAAAUGCUUGGACUGCGGGAAAAGUUCCAGUUACAAAUCCAGUGUGCCAUAUUUACAAUACUUGGGGGCUGGUGCAACCAGAAUAUAACUGUAUGUAAAAUGGCACAACUAUUGGCUGGCAGUCAAGAGACAGCAUAUCUUAAAAACCUACUUCAUACACAUUUAAAACUCUCAGCAACAGAAAAUUCUCAUAAACCUGAAAUCAGAACUGAAUAUAUGGGACUUCCCUCAGUCUCCAAUUUCAUUCAGUGUAUUACAUUCAAACAAAAACAACUUAUAAAUUUACAAUAAUUAUUUCCUUU